AUGCAGCCAUAUAUUAAUCGACAAAAUAAAAUUCAUGCAGCACUUGAUACAUUAAAAAAUUAUCUUAUUAAUUCGAAACCUCCAAGUGUAAAUAGUGUAGCAAAUAACUUUAGACUUAGAAGCUACACUUUGAUGAGCUGUAAAAAUAAUGCUACUGGAUCAUAUAUUUCACCUUUAAUUAUUUAUAAAGGUGUUUGUACAAUUCCUAAUUUAUUAGAAGGUGCAUCAUCUGGAACUGUAAUGGGUUUUACAAAUACUGG